GAUACUUCUGUCCGUGCAUUUUACCCUCGAUCUGAGUUCACAACUUGCCUACAUCUGCUUAUCCGUAAAGGCAGUGACCAAGAUACUUCACAACACAUAUUGAGCGGAAGACAGAGUACUUGGAAGAGUAUUGAAUAACACCCACACAGUUAAUGGUGCCGAUAAGGCGUGGUUAUGAUUGAAGUGACCAACGAAUUGCCCUCUCCGGGCUACGUUCAGCGACUAGCCUACGUCCUUGUUCCGUCUCAGCCAAGCAUUUUCAGCCCCGUGGCUCCCGAGCCGACUCCUAGCCCAGAGACACCCUCCUCCAAGCCGGUAGACAUGCCCGAGGGCCCCGCCCCUGGACGUGGACACCGCAGGAAGCGUCCCCGCGUCCUUUUGGACGACUCCAAGAUCGGUGCCGCGGACGAUUCUUCGAGCGACUAUGAAGACACUGCUGAGUACCGUGUGGAAAAGCGAAAUGAUGGCGGUCCCUCGAAACGGCUGAACAUGAGUCAAAUGGAGUUGAGAAGGCUUCCUCACGCGUCAUGUCAUUGUUGCCAUAAGGCGUAUGAAUUCGAGGAUGCAAUACAAUGUGUUCAAUGUGCAAUAUUUUACUGCGUCUUUUGUCUCGAACGAAGAUUCGAGUUUAAAUGCGAUGAGAAAGAUCCCAAUUGGGUCUGCCCGCGUUGCCAAAACAGUUGCGUUUGUCCAGCUUGCAAACGAAAACGUGAAUCCAGAAAGAUGCCAUUACGGCGAACGUCCUCCAGAGUUCCAUCUGACUCUAAAACAAACUUUCGACUCAUCCAUUUCGCCCUCCCUUCUUCCAUGACGACCGCUGAAAACAACUGUCCCGAGCUGUCCCCGAGCAUCCUUACUCCGUCCACUGUCGAGUCCCAAUUAUCAGCCUCUUCCCAAAUGUUAGCCAACGAUGGCACCGAUAUGGUUGUCCCUAUCAGCUCACAUAUCCCUUCAACUUCCUCCAUCUUUGCACCAUCCAACAUUCAUGGAAGUGCGUUCAUCUGGGACGAUGCCCACAUCAUCUCGAAGGAUGGAACGCCGGACAUGUACCCUACCACGGCUCUCGCUCCGGCCCCAGAGAGAGAUGCGCAGAGCUUCACAUGGAUGGACAAUGAUGCUGGAAUGGAGAAUGCCGACCAAGGGUACUUCGUGGACAUCAUGAAUCUACCCCUAGCCCCUCCGUGCACCCAUGAUCCGAUAAUCACAUGCGCUUGUUCGGGGAGAGCUCUUGCGGACGACAGGUUGGGCGCCGAGGAAACCGAGCCUUUUGCGAAUUUCUUCACUGGACUUCUAUGAGAUAUCGUGGGGUUACUCGUUCCACACCGCCCCUUUAUCUUCGAUAUUAUUUGCUCUUACUGCAGUCACCUCUAAUUUGCAUUUUCGUGAUACUGCUGUUGGAUACUCAUACGUGGCCAUAUUUAGAUGCUCACUUAGGAUGGUAUAUGUAUAUACUAGCUUCUUACCUCGAUCAUACCUCUGCGAUCAUAACUCUGCCUUGUCCCAAUCACCCUCCACCUUAGGCGGGAUACCAACUCUAUCCUCCACCUGAUCCACUCGUGCCUCCCUUAGUAUCUCACACACCUACUUUGUUACUUCCUCGCUGACUCUGUACAAACGUCGAGCUCAACAUUCCAGAUCAGUUGCUAACACUACG